ACUAGUUCCCACAACCGGUCACCGCGUUUUGAGAGGGCGUAAACUCGCGAUACUUGUUGACCGUCUUUCCAAAUCUUUAGUCAGAGUUUAGUUGCAACGAAAUACAAGACGGGGUAUUGUUGAUCUGCCGACGCUUUUCCUUUAAUCUCUACAAGUGUUAACGUGUUAAUAGUGGUAUUUCGUACUAGGAAUUCCACAAGAUGAGCUGCGGAUUUGUUACGUGUGGUCCAAACGAAGCUCUCGUUGUUUCAGGAUGCUGCUACAGCAAACCAUUGCUGGUACCUGGUGGAAGGGUAUUUGUUUGGCCAAUUGUGCAGCAAGUACAAAAAAUAUCUUUGAACACAAUGACUCUCCAGGUUGAGAGCCCCACUGUUUACACUUGCCAGGGAGUACCGAUAUCUGUUACAGGAAUCGCUCAGGUCAAGAUCCAGGGCCAGAAUGAAGAGAUGUUAUCAACAGCUUGCGAACAAUUUCUUGGAAAAAGUGAAGCCGAAAUUCACAACAUUGCAUUAGUCACGUUGGAGGGUCACCAGCGGGCAAUUAUGGGCAGUAUGACUGUCGAGGAAAUUUACAAAGACCGUAAGAAGUUCAGCAAAGAAGUAUUCGAGGUUGCAAGCAGUGAUCUCGUCAACAUGGGAAUCACCGUCGUAUCCUAUACUCUAAAGGAUAUUCGAGAUGAAGAGGGGGCAAAGGGCUACCUCAAAGCUCUUGGUAUGGCACGUACUGCAGAAGUCAAAAGGGAUGCCAGAAUCGGCGAAGCGGAGGCUCGCAAAGAUGCACAAAUCCGUGAAGCUAUUGCUGAAGAACAACGUAUGGCUUCCCGCUUCUUAAAUGACACUGAAAUUGCCAAGGCACAGCGAGAUUUUGAACUCAAAAAAGCUGCUUAUGACGCCGAAGUGCAAACUAAGAAAGCUGAAGCGGAGAUGGCUUACGAACUUCAAGCAGCUAAGACAAAGCAGCGGAUAAUGGAGGAACAAAUGCAAGUCAAGGUUGUCGAACGUACUCAAGAAAUUGCUGUACAGGAACAAGAAAUGACGCGUCGUGAACGCGAAUUGGAUGCUACAGUCCGUCGUCCGGCAGAUGCUGAAAAAUACAGAUUGGAAAAGAUGGCUGAAGCAAACCGAUUGCGUCUAAUAAUGGAAGCUGAAGCCGAAGCUGAGGCCAUAAGAAUCAGAGGAGAUGCCGAAGCCUUUGCCAUAGAAGCUAAAGCUAAAGCUGAAGCUGAACAGAUGGCAAAGAAAGCAGAUGCUUGGGGAGAGUACAAGAGUGCAGCCAUGAUAGAUAUGAUGCUUGAAACUCUACCAAGGGUCGCUGCUGAAGUAGCUGCACCCUUGUCACAGGCGAAAAAAAUAACCAUGGUUUCCAGCGGCAAUGGUACAGUUGGAGCAGAAAAACUCACUUCCGAGGUACUGAACAUCGUCGCCCGGGUACCAGAGCUCGUCAAGCAGAUGACUGGAGUGGACAUUGCAAAGUCAGUUCACGCCGCAUGAAGAAAUUAAGACGAGGAACCUUUAGAUAUUACACUUAUUGAAUGAAAAUUUAUGCCAGAAUAUAUAUUGAACAAACAUAACUCUAUAUUAUAUACUAUACAAAUAUAUAUACACAAAGAUAUAUACACUUAUACAAAAUACUUACACCUUUAAAUGUUCAAUACACACAGACAUAAACUCACCCGGUAGAUGGGAGUAGAUUUAUAAUUGUUGGGGACACAAAAUUAUUGUACCAAUAGUCUAUUGGUAAUUGCAUUUAGAAAACGAAUGAAUUCCCUCAACGAGAACAACUUUGUUUCACCUACUCCAUAUGCAUUUCUAUGCAUUAAAUUCAUACGCACACAGUAACGCCCGUAUUACUGUCUCGUAAAAAAAAUUGCUGCAUAAAUUUUUCAAUAACUACCAUUAUUUAUAGUACUCGGUAACGUUAUAUUAUCCAAGAAAAGGUGGUCGAUCGCCACCAAAAACUACACAUGUAUUUUGAUAUUCAAUCGUGAGUCGUGAUUUUGCCACCUGGAAACACCUAGAUGAAAAUAAGGUGUUCUAUUUUUUAACUGUUCUCUAUUUGCCUUCUAGAAAAUGAAAUAUUCCAUCGAUUUUUUUUCGCCCAUGUGUCUUUGUGGCUUUGAAUCAGUGCCAUGAAAGUGUGCCACGUCUCAGGAAGACGUUGAACAGCCUGUAAAAUGGCAGUAAAAUUAAUAAGAAUUUGUUCGCCCUGCAUGAGCACGGCGAGGCGAGUUUUGGGAAAAUUUCAUUUAAAUUUUGUUGUAAAAAAAAUAUGUGUCAAUGAAUUCGUACUAAUAUAUACACAAAUAGCUAUUGCAAUGAAUAAUGAUAGAUGUACAACCUACGUUCUAACGUGUUACCUAUGAAAAUAAUUUUUACUGGUAGGAAAAUGCACAUCUAUAGAUAGUCAAAGUAUUCAAAUAACGUACGCUGUCGAUAAUUCAGCAUCUAAUCGUCAACCAUUCCAAAUACCGUGCAUACUCCUCAUUUCGUUUUAUUUACUGUUAUGGUGAUAAUUUGUUGAUAAAAAUUUUAGUUCUAGUUUUAUUCAAUGUCAACAAGGUCAAGUUUCAGGCGGACCCAAAAUCAUUUAAAGUAGAAUCUCAUUCGCCAUUAGUCGAGAGAUGUUAUGAAUCAUGUUACCAAACAAUUUUUAUAAUUCAACCUAUUUUGACUAUAUAUAAAUGCUAUCACCUAUAAACUUAGUUAUUUUAAUAAUUGUACAAACAUAAUUUCUUCCUUCAUCUAGUCUUUAUAGUAUCAAGAUUCAUGUAUUUCCUUACACAAUAUUAUCUUUACAUUUUGCAUUUUAUCAAAUAAAGCAUAAUUAUAUGUUCUGUGUA